AUGUGUUUUUGUCCCCGCAUGUGCUACCCUCAAAUGAUCUGGUAUCUUGCCGUUUGGGCCAAAUAUGUUCGUCUAAUAGUCACAGAAAGCGUGCUAAAUCGUUCCCCCCUCGGCCCGCGCGAGGAUCAAUUCGCUCUCGAACGGUCGAUUGGCCGAGCGAGACGGCUCUAUGGCGGGCGCGGCUUAUUCUGGCUCCUCCUCCGGCAGCAGCGGGAGAGGACCCUCGCUGCACGCCGGCCAGUCGACCUCCGAACGCGCUCGCAUGCGCACGCGAAACCCUGUGUGCUAAAUGGAACUGAUCGGCGUUCAAUGUUAAAACAAAGAUACGAGGAGGUCAACAUGGCGAUACAGAGCGUCUCGAGGUACCCCAGCGGCCCCGCGGAGGCCACCGAACCGAAGACCUCCAGGAUAAGUUUCAGCGUAGCUUCCAUCCUGGCGGACACCAAGAACCAAGUGGGUGAGACGGAAAUGAUCAGGCACCACCGGACAAUACCGGAGUCGCCGUUGCGCCAGUCCCCGGAGGCACAACCCGAGCUUCCAGGGGCGAAGUCCCCGCGGCCGUCCUCCCAGACGCCUCCGUUAAACCUAAACGUUUCCGCGAACAUGACAUCGUCUGACGAAGAAUAUGAAGACUCGGUGAAUCAAGAGGACUCUAUAGUGGACGUGGAAGAUCUGCAGAAUGGCCAGAGCGAUGACGAGGAAAGGAAUGAUAAGAGGCUAGGGCCGAUAAGGCCGACGCCGUUCAGCGCGCUGGCGGCGGCCGCGGCGGCCUAUCACGGGCUCGGCUGGGCGGGACCGUCGCCGGUGGUGCCGUCGUUUGGACCCUUAUUCCAGUCACAUUUCCCGGGACAUUUAACAGACCACAACGGCGAGCCACCGAAGCUAAAAUGCAAUCUGAGGAAACACAAACCUAACCGAAAACCAAGAACCCCGUUCACUGCGCAACAGCUUCGCGCACUAGAGAGCAAAUUCGUCGACAAACAAUACCUUAGCAUCGCCGAAAGAGCCGAGUUUUCAUCGUCAUUGGGAUUGUCUGAAACACAGGUAAAGAUCUGGUUCCAAAAUCGGCGAGCGAAAGCGAAGCGAGUGCAAGAGGCCGAAAUUGAAAAGCUAAAAAUGGCGCAGUUCUCCCGCCACCCACAUCACAUGUACCCUCAUCCCCUGCAGCAAUACUUCCCCCACCAUUUAAUGGGGAGGCCGUUACCUCCCAUGAUGCCCCAUUUAGCGAUGCAGCCUCCUCAAGGAUCACCUUCACCCAGUACACAGACCAGUAGUCAACAAUAG